AUGCCGAAGAAAGGCGGCAAGGGCGGGAAGAAUAGGCGCAGGGGAAAGGGCAUCAACGACGAGAAGCGGGAGCUCAUCUUCAAGGAGGACGGCCAGGAAUACGCCCAGGUGAUGAAAAUGCUGGGGAACGGGCGACUGGACGCGAUGUGCAUUGACGGCAAGAAGAGGCUCUGUCAUAUCCGAGGGAAGAUGAGGAAGAAGGUGUGGAUUGCCGUCGGGGACAUCGUUCUGCUCAGUCUCCGCGACUACCAGGACGAGAAGGCUGACGUCAUUCUCAAGUACAUGGCCGACGAAGCCCGUGCCCUCAAGGCGCACGGCGAGCUGCCCGAGAACGUGCGUGUCAACGACGCGGACGCGGUCGUCGAGGGCGAGGACGACGCCAUGGACGACUUCAUCGACUUCGGAGAGGUGGAAGAGGAGUCCGGCAGCGAGGCCGGGCCGGGCGACGGCGAGAUCGACAUUGAGGACAUUUAG